AUGGCUCUUCACCACCAAGUGAUUCUCGUUGCUUUUGCAGCUGUGUUUUUGGUCAAUGAUACGGAGGCUGUCCGAGGUGCUCUGAUUCGCCACGGUAGAGCGAGCUCUCUCUCGAGAUAUGCUUCCCAGGACUUUCUACGCUUUGGAAGAUCUCAGGUGGAUGAUGAAGUUCAACCAAUCAGCUAUGGCCGUUCGAUUGGCCUGCGCUAUUUCCGGCCAAACAUCAUCCCAAUCGCAGAUGAUUGGGAAUUC